CCACUCAUCAACGAAUGAAGCCGGAUUGAUCAGUCGCUUUGAAAAACUUGUUCAUUUAAAACGUUGCGAGCGUGUGUCGAGUUCACCAAGUGAAACCUUUGUUGCAGAUUUAAGGAGAUAAAACAAGAAUAAUUGCAGCUGAACUCCUGCAAGAGAACACGACUAGCACAUACAGUACCGCUUGAAUUCAUCUGUUGUAUAAGAUGAGCGUCACCUAUGAGAAUUCAUUAAUGAAGCCGCUUAUUUCUCUAACAUCGCCGCAGGAAACCAAUGUAAAAACACUAUUUUUUCCCUCGAUGGGAGAAGUGGCCGACAAGGGAUCAGCGGGUUCACUUGAAGAACUUUUACAAGGCGAUACAAAGACCAGUAACGCUGAAGUCACAGACUCAAAACGCCGCGUCAAAACAGCAGUCUUAACUCGCGUGAAACCAAAUCACCGGCAAAUUGACCCGGGUCACUUUUACAUGGAUCACUUCGUGUCAAACAAAGAAAAUCGGGAUUAUUAUUACGAUCGCAACGUCACUACAGGCAAGCUUCCCGCACGACAUAACACGGCGCAUGUUUUGGAACACGUUUCGACGGUUUCAGGGAACAUGUCUGGGAGCAGAACGCAAAUAAAGAAGGGAAGAGAAAUUGGGUCUUUACAAGGAAAGAGCCAAAGUGAAAAACAGUCCUUUUCAAGCGCGAGAACCACACGCGACAAGAAAUCGGGCGUGACUUUACGAUCUGACAAGGUGAACAUCACAGUUCACGAUUUGCGCUUUACGAAGUUGACACCGAAAGAACCAUUGCCAAGACAUUCUGUCUUCAGUAAAGAAGUAAGCAAAGCUACAGUUGUUAAACCAGAGGAGAAGAAAUCAAGACCUGAUUCCUUGCCUAACGUCGAACAGAAUCUAAAUCAACCUCUUUUACAUAUAGGGGAGAACAGUAAUCGUGAAGCCCGCACUUGGCGACUUUCGCCUCGCUCUUUGUUGGAACAGAUAAAUGAGGAAUCUCCUAGUCGACCCUCUACGAAGGAUACAAAGAGAGGGAUGAGUCGUAGUGGCACCAAGCCUAAAGGGUUAGGAACCAAACUUUCAACUCCAGUGGACAGAACGAGAAGUCCUGGCAAAGCGGUCUCCCCGAAUGUGUCUUCUGCGCGCAAGAAAAACGACAAAUCGCCAAAAGGGUCUAGUGUAGGGGAUAGGGUUCAAGAGAUGGCGCUGCCUAAAGUGACCAUUAACGAAGUAUUACAGUCGUGGAAUAUCGGCCCUCAGCGUACCAGAUCAUCAAGUCUUGCAGCAAAAGACCCAAUGGAAUUUUUACGAAAAGACCGCUCGCUAUCGGAUCCGAAAAACAGACCGAGUACUUACGAAGAACUCCGAAGUUGUCGAUAUUUACGAACUGACAAAGACGAUGCAGAUGUUCACGGUAGACUCUGUUCUUGUAAUUCUUGUGAGCAUGGCGAAGGGCUAAGGAACACGCCAUACUUGAACUCAUAGGGCGCAUAUAAAUGUAUCAACUUGAGUGACCGCGUUACAGUCACGAGACGAUCAAACAAACAAUAAACUAAUGAAGCAACAUUACUGAACUAAAGUAGCUCUUUUGUUCUGUAUAGUAAUAUCUGAAUAUAAUUGGCCGUUGUGUUGACCACGAUCAAUAUUUGCCAGUUGCGUGUAAGGCAUGCACCAUUGUUAAUCGCGCAUAAACAGUUUUGUUCGGGAUUUUUGUCAUGGAAGUGUUUGGAAAUGGAACAGGGAUUGUGCAGAGAGUAUUUUAAUCACUUUUCAAUUCAGGUAUGUCUCACUUGAUCGACUUGAUCAGAGAUACAAUAAAAAAGGACCGUUUUGGCAUAAUUAUAUUAUGUUAAAACACAGGCAUAGACAAGUCGCACUUAUGUGAGCACAAACAUGUUAGUUUAGUCACGAAUCGUCGGUAUUAUAUUAUUAAACGGUUUUGUCGACACACUUAUGUGAGAUGGCCGACGAAAAUUGCAAUACCUUGUUGAUAAGUUCUAAGCGGAAAUUUGAGUAAUAUUUCCAUGACUAGCCAGUUGUCGACGUUUUUUCGACGAGCUCUUUCAUGGUUAGAAAAAUUAAAUCGUGACUCCUAAAAAAACACCCACCCACUGAGUCGCUUGACUGCGUUGUUUUUGGCAAAGUGACCGUCAUUUCAACGAGAGGAAGUGAUAUUUGUAAAGUUCUUUACAAGUAUAGAACAAUUCGAAUGUAAAUAAUCUAUAAAUAUCUAGAUCCAAAUAGUUGUAUUCAUAAACUGUUUAUUUUCCGGUGAUACAUACCGGCUUAAACAAAGAAAGUUACUGUAUGUAAUUGAAGUUGUUGUUAAGUUAAGACAAAAACGUUUAAGAUUAAUUAAGUGAUUAUUUCCACAUUCAUUGCGUGCCAACUGAUGCGUUUUAAUUUUAGAUUUCUCCUACGCGGAAGUUGUUUCCAAAAUUAUUUAGAAAACACCUUUAGUGCACCCUGUUGCUUUAAUGCUUUGAAAAUCCUUGAUUUGACAGGGCUCAACACAUCAGUGACUGUCAUCUGACGGAAAUUUGAAAAAUAAAUUGUGACGACUGUAAAGGCAA